AAAUGAAAUUUCUCUUUGUGGAAAACAUGAAUUGAGAAGAACAAUAUAGUAAAGAUAUCAUCCAAAAUCAUGAAUUUUUGUUUUCCAAGCUUCAACUGCUUCUCCACUUCAGAAAACGUUUCACAUCAACAAGAUUCACAAGCUCUUUGGAACCUUCAAACUUUCUCAUAUGAUGAAUUGAAAAUUGCAACUGGUGGAUUUCGAUCUUCCAAUAAAAUUGGCGAAGGUGGAUUUGGUUUUGUUUAUAAGGGAAUACUGGAAGAUGGAAGAAGAGUAGCAGUGAAAGUGUUAUCAGCUGGAUCAAAGCAAGGGGACAGGGAAUUCAUGUCUGAAAUAGCUUCCAUCUCAAAUAUUAGACAUGAAAAUCUUGUAAAGCUCCAUGGUGGGUGUAUAGAUGGAUCCUCUAAGCUUCUGGUUUAUGAGUACAUGGAAAACAACGGUCUAGCUCAUAUCUUACUUGGAGGGGAGGAAAAUAGAGCAACGCUAAGUUGGAAAGCAAGGAGAGAAAUAGCAGUAGGGAUAGGUCGAGCACUUGCCUACAUUCAUGAAGAGGUGAAGCCACAUAUUGUGCAUAGAGAUAUAAAGCUUAGCAAUAUUCUUUUGGACCAAAAUUUCGCCCCCAAAGUUUCUGAUUUUGGUCUCUCUCGUCUCUUUUUCGAUAAUGUCACUCACCUUACUACUGGAGUUGCUGGUACAUUAGGUUAUCUUGCUCCGGAAUACGCUGUGAGUGGACGCUUGACACGAAAAUCAGAUGUUUAUAGCUUUGGAGUACUACUUUUAGAAAUUGUGAGUGGUCGAACUGCAAUUGACUUUGAUCUCCAUGUUGGCGAGUUCUUUCUUGUACAGAAGGCAUUGGAGAUGUACAGAUCAAACAAGUUGGUGCAUAUGGUGGAUCCAGUGUUGAACGAGAUGAGGUUCUGGGAACAAGACGUGGAUCGUUUCCUCAAGGUAGGGUUAAUGUGUGUGCAACAAAAGGCUCGGCUUCGACCCUACAUGUCCACCGUUGUUAAGAUGUUGUGCAACGAAAUCGAUAUUCGGAACAUGCAGAUAUCCGACCCGGGGCUCAUCACCAAUAUCAUGGAUGUUAAAAUUGGAAAUCCACGUUCAUUUUCUUCAAGCUUUUCCAAAAUGUUAAGCCCUCAGUUUCAAACUUCAUAAAAAGGAAUAUUAUAUAUUUUAUUUGGAGAUAUUAAGUUGACUUUUCUUACUUUUUUUUAAUGAUAAUUGUA